UCCUCCUCAGAGCCACAGUCCCAUAAUCAACACAGGACAGACGGCUCGCGCGGGGCCGUGCACGCGCUGGACAUUGAUAAGAAAACUGCAAGACCAAGAGUUAUAUUUAGGCUAGCUUACAUUAAUGUCGCUUUUAUUGCAGACAAUGCGAAGACGAAGGGACCCUCGCGUGCAACAUAUGGACCAGCUUAAAAAGGAAAGCCUUUUUAAUAUAUAACAGUUUUUGACGUAAUCAACGGUGAUGUGGAGUUAAUUAUAAGUGAGGAGUUUAUUACCAAAACAAAGGCACCGUAGCCGCAUCACUUUGUUUUGUAACUAUUUUUUUUUUUUUAUUUUUUUAAUAACAUAAAGUCCUGUUUGACUUUUAAGACAUUUUAUGCAAUCCGAAUUACUAAAAAAAAAAAACACAUGCAUGAACAGGUAUUUUAGAUUAUCGUUCUCUCAGAUAAUAUUAACAGACGUCUUUAUUGGACUGAACCAUGUAAAUAAAUGAUUUAAAUAAGCUGAGGAAUCCGGGAUUUCGGUGCUUCGCCUGGAAACAAAGCUCUUGGCUUUAAUCCGCAAACUGCCUUUCAAAGGACUUCAAAUGGGCCACUUGCUCCUCAGAAGAGAGACUCAUUCUGCCGUGGAGGGCAAUUUGAAUGUUUGCGCACUGAGAGGAAUGUCGAGCCUGCAGAUCCGCUGAGGGACUCAAACUGCUGCUUAAUUAACCCGAUAUUUGCUCACGAGUCGGAGCCCAGUUGCUGAGCGUCUUGUGCGCGUCUCUCUAAAUGCGCGCUGUCCCGUGGAGCCCCGCAGCGGCACGGCAGCAAGAUGAGAUCGCGGAUCCCGCUUCUUCUCGCGGUACUUGCGGCGGCUUGUCUGCGGUUGGGCAGUGCGGAGGCUGAUCCUCUCCCGGCCGCCGUGGUUGAGUUGGUGAAGGGUGGAUCUGUAUCUUCAAUUCAGGACCUGCAGUUUUUGCUGUUCUCUGAAUCCAUAGAGGUUGAGCCAGACAGUCACCAUGAUAAUGACACCAGCAACCGUCUGCCACGCAGUCUUCUGGACGCUCAGCCUGCUCAGCAAGCCAUCUGUAAGGUCAGGACCGAGGUCAUCGAGGUCACACGCUCCAUGUUGGACCGUAGCAAUGCAAAUUUCCUGUUGUGGCCUCCGUGUGUGGAGGUGCAGAGAUGCUCGGGCUGUUGUAACACCAAGACCCUGCAGUGUGUGCCUAUACUUACACACACACGAUACCUACAGGUGAUGAAGAUACAGUAUGUGAACAAGCGUCCGCUCUACGAUAAGGCUGUCGUCUCUGUUCUCGACCAUGUGGAGUGUCGCUGUCAGCCUGCUCCUCGGCCCGCUCAGCGCCGGAAAUCGUUCGGCCACAAACAAGAAGGACGGGAACGCUCUGGAAAACCUCGGGCCAAAGAUGAGCUCCAUCGCAGGGAUGAGCUCAAACACAACCAGAGGAUAAGCCUGGAGGACCUGCUCAGCCACAGCUGGCUUCCCAAAGAGAGGUUCUCUGAAUCAGGAUUCGGCCGGGACGGCUGGGGUCUGAACGAGACGCACUAUGGAGGGGGCAAAGGUCAUCACCGUCACCCUGGGGAUGGAAGGAGACACGGCAAAACGAAUGACACUUCAACACAAGGAACGUCGGCUCCACUGCCGAAUUAUACCGAACAGGAAGAAACUGAUUUGUCAUUGCGUAACGUUACGCAAUUUGAAUUGCAGAGCAAUGCUAACCAAAGUAUAACCAAUCAGACAUCUGAUUUUACUAUGAGUACAUUGGAGUUGACCAAUCAGACUUUUAUGCACCAGUCAAAUCUAACGCAAGAAAAUGAGCAGUUGCAAACAACCAAUCAGACAGAACAAUUCCCAUCUAACACCACCGGAACAGCCAAUCAGAAUCAGAGAGAUGUGUUUCUGUCUGUAGAGGAGAACGGGCAGAAGAUGAGAGGUGGGACUACGGACGUAGAGGUGAAGAAGGAGGAGCGAGAGCAGAGACAAAUGGACAAAAAGGCCAAGGAGGAGGAAAUGGAAGAGCUGCUGCUAUUGCACAAAAUCCUAGAUGAAGACAAACACAAACAUCACCACAAAGUACAACAGACAAAUAUACAGCCGGAUGAGAAACUACAGCAGCUCCAUCACAAACAACACACUUACACAACCACACAACGGACAGGAACUACAUCUCCUCCUGUGCAACAUCUCCCUCCACACAAACCGCCCAGACCACCUCCCCACCCCCCGAAAAAGAGGAGAAAACAGCGCAAUCGCAUCAGCAAAUCUGCCAUGAGAGCCCUGCUCAUGUAACACAAAUACACAACAUACACAGAUAGAUAAUCAGAUGGAUGCAAUCUCUCCCGUAUGAGUUCUUAUUUAUGUAACCAGUGUGUCCAGGGACAUUAAGAGAUAUGGCGCUAAUCACGUUUAAAAAAAACCUGCAGGCCAUUCUCAGCUCUCACAAACUUCUAAUCUCUUUCUCUGCUCAGUCAUGAGGAAAAAAACAAUUCUGACACAGAAGAUGUUUGUAUGGACGAUUGUUUCAGGUUCUCUUGCACCUGCUGAAGAUUCCCUGUGCUUGCCUUGGCUCUUUGAAUGGACAUUCAUCCUUCUAGGUUCAGACUUGGAAAUCGUGCAAAUGUGGAAGUUCAGAACACGAAAAGCAUAAAACACCUGUUGAACCUUGGACAGAAGGACCAAGUAAGAGUAUGAUGCUGGGUCAGUAUGCAGCGUUAAACAGCCUGUCAGCACAGAAUUAGUCAAAUGUGGAAGAGAACAGAUCGAAAAGACUACAUUUCCUAUGAUCACUCACCCUAAGAGACCCAGUAGUUGCUCCUGUGCUACAUCUCACCUAUCAUUUUGAAUCACCCAAAAAAAGUAGUUGAUAUUUAUUGUGAUAUUGAGGCUUGAACCAAUGAACCAACUGAUAACUUAAUCUAUUUCUCGCUGAUCCAGUAUUUUCAAAAAGAAAUCUAUCUCCAGGGAUGCAAUCAACGCUAUUUUAUGACAUUUUUCAAACAUUUUUCAAACUUUCAUAACCUAAAACAGACAGACAUAAAGAACGCUUGAACAACUUUGUAUUUUAAUAUAUUACCAGUCAAAAACUCAAAGUACCUUUGCUAUAAGAUGUUUUCAGUAUCAUUUGUUAUUAUUUAAGCAAUUCUUAACACUGGAAGUUCACACAGGAUAAAACAAGGGAAUGCAUUUCUGUCUCAAUUAAUUCCUCAUACCUCUAAGAGUGUAAAGGUGCUACAUUAUAACACAAAGCAGUAAGAGUUUAUUCAUUAAUAUUAUUUAUUCUUUUGUAAAUCUGUUCUGUUCACAGCAGGGCCGGUGUUUUAUCACAGUCUUACAAAAUGCUCACCAGAAGACCAAAAUGGGGAUUAUUUUCAGUAUGUUUAUGUACAUAUGGUCUGUUUUGGAUCUUUACUAAACGUUGCAGAUUGUGCAGAAUUUGCACUCUUUUUUUAUACCUAGAAUAAAAAUUAAACACUAACCAUUAAGGUGUAAUACAGGGUCUUGUUUGAUUUUUUGUGCAGUUAAUGUUGUUAGCUUUUAACAGAGUUUUUUAUAGUCCACCCCAAAAAAUGCUGAACUCUCAGACCAUCCAAGAUGUAGAUGAGGUUGUUUCUUUAUCAGAACAGAUUUGGAGAAAUUGAGCAUUACAUCACUUGCUUACUGGAGUGAAUGGGUGCCGUCAGAAUAAGAGUCCAAACAGCUGAAAAAAGCAUCACAAUGGUCCGCAAAUAAUCCACACGACUCACAAGAGUCCAUCAAAUAAUGUCUUGAAGUGAAAAGCUGUGUGUUUUUAAGGUGUCCAUAAUCCAUAACAGCACUUCCAUAAGUAAAAAGGUCCUUCCCUUAUUAUCUACUCAAAUCAAAAUCCAACAACAUAUUUGUUUAAAACUGUUUUGCUUGUAAACAGUGUUUGAUCUGUGCACCUUUUUGGAUUUGUUUAGUAUAAACACGCAGUUUUCGCUUCACAAGACUUGUGGAUUAUUGUGAUGUUUUUGUCAGUUUUUUUUUGUCAGUCUCUCAUUCUGACGGCACCCAUUCAAUGCAGUAAGCAAGUGAUGUAAUGCUAAUUUUCUCCAAAUGUGUCCACAUCUUCAAUGGCUUGAGAGUGAGCAAGUUUUCAUUUUUGGGUAAACUAUUUCUUAAAUGCAAACCUACUCAGAAAUUCACAUAGACUUCAUUUAUUGUGCUACUGCAGUCAUUCUCUAACUCAUUUGGCAGACACUUUUAUUCAAAGCGACAUUGAGUGCUUUCCUGCGAAUCAAACCCUUGAACUUGGGGUUGCUAACUCCACGCAUACCAGAUGAGCUACUUAAACACUUGUUUUCAACCCAGUGCAUACAUACUUUGUUUUUGCUCUUUUUUUUU